GUAUAUACCCUAGUUAACGCGUUAGGAGCAUUUUUCUACUGUUGAAAAAAUUACCGACGAUAGCAAAAUUUCAAAAUCGAUCAACGCUUCGCUAAGUUCAUAUCUUAUUCAUGCAAAUUAUUAUUCUUUCAAAAUUGCACGCUUUAGAAAAAAAAAAUAGUAGAACUUUGACAAACAAAAAGAAAUCAGUUACGCAAUAGGCUUAACCAGAUUUAUCUUAAGAUAGUUUAUUUAAAUCUGUGAUGACAUUUGGAACUUACUUAACCGAUCACGUGGUGUAAUUUUCCAGUAUUUAUUGGAUUUGUUCCUAUAUGAAGGUGUGUAUUUUAUGAAGCUGAGCAUUAGAAGUGACAUCUGAAUAACUUACUUCCGAGAUUGUAAAUGUAACUAAACGUUGGCGUAUUUAAUUGACUUAACGCGUUAGAGCAGUCGGUUGUACAUUUAUAAAUAAUUAAAUACUAUAAUAAAUUAACUCGGCUAAUUAGAGAGGAUGUCUAUGUUAAGUAGAAGUGUAAUUCUGUGUGUUUUGAUUUUUGCGGUAUCUGCAUCGGUUACAGAAAAAAUUCUAAAGAUACCGUUAUUUGAGGUUGGAGAAUUGUGGAUCAAUUCCGUUUAUAAACUGAAUGAACGAUUAAUUAACUAUAUAUGGGAUAUAAUAGAUAUUUAUUCCCCGGCGUUUUACGUGUCUCUGGCUGUUCUUACAUUUGCCAUUUAUCAGCUCUAUGGAUUAGUGUUCCGGCCUAUUGACAGAAUACGAGUUCUUGGGGACUUAGGGUACCUACCCGAAGGUAAAUUCACCAAAAAGGAAAUAGCAAAUGCCGUAAAGAAGCGACGAGCGCUCGGGGAUAUUCCGCCAAUUUAUCCGAACGGAUGGUACGGCAUUUACGAGAGCUGGCGGCUGAAGAAUGGGGGCUCGGCAAGCGUUUCCGUUCUUGGUCAGCAGCUCGCAGUGUUCAGGGAUGAAAAAGGCGAAUCACAUGUGCUCGACGCAUAUUGCCCGCACAUGGGAGCCAACUUAGCUGUCGGAGGUCGAGUUGUUGGAGAUUGUAUAGAAUGCCCUUUUCACGGAUGGAAGUUCAGAGGUCAUGAUGGAAAAUGUACGGAGAUUCCGUACGCAGAUAAAGUUCCUGAUAUUGCCAAGGUGAAAGCAUGGACAAGCAUGGAAAUAAAUGGUUGGAUUUAUAUGUGGUACCACGCCGAGGGUAUCGAACCUAAUUGGGUCCCGGAGGAGAUAGAGGAAAUAAAAAGCGGAAUGUGGCAAUACAAGGGUCGUACAGAACAUUUUAUCAACGCUCAUAUUGAGGAAAUUCCUGAAAACGGUGCCGACGUGGCCCAUCUCAAACAGGUACAUCAGCCCUUCAUUGCCGCUGGCAUUGAUCUUGUCGGCAUGUGGAAUAAAUAUCUAAGUUGGGGUCAAACCCCUUUGGGCGGAAUAGGGCCAGGCAUUGUAUAUCUGAAGUUUGACAGUUUCUUCGGAAGGGGUGUUUUCAUCCAGUCUCUUGUCCCCGUGGAACCGAUGGUUCAAAAACUCGUGCAUAAUAUCUAUAUUCACUGGGCCGUGCCAAAUUUUAUAGCAAAGUUUUUCAUGUUUGGAGAAGCUAUACAGGUAGAGCGUGACAUCAUGAUUUGGAACAAUAAGAAAUACGAAGCAAAACCGGUUUUUGCUAAAUCAACAGAAGAUAGCCUGAUUGCCCGACAUAGACGCUGGUAUACGCAGUUCUAUUCGGAGAACAGCCCAAAACUUAAGUUCCAAAAAGACUCGCUUGAUUGGUGAUCAGAUGUAAAUGUGAUAAGGCAGUAGAGAAAACCAUAGCUAGGCUGUGAUGAAUAUUUUAAUUCUAAUUUCCUGCUAGUACAGGAACACGUUGAUUUAUUGUAUUUUAUAUAUUAUUUAAUUUAAAUCUUUGUAUAAAUAUUUUUAAUCAUUACGUCCAGGAUGUCACUCGGUUUCAUCAUCAUCAUCACCAUCAUCAUCAUCAUCAUCUUCUUUAUCAUCAUUGUCAUCAUUAUCAUCAUCAUCAUCAUCAUCAACAACAACAACAACAGUCCUACCACAAACAACGCUAAAUCAUCAUCAUCAUCACAAACACCACCACUACUACUACCACCAACAACGCUAACUAUUUAUCAUUAUCAUCAUAAUCAUCAUCAUCACACAUCAUCAUCAUCACUAUGAAAACAACAGGUUUGUCUCAUCACCAAUACCAUUUAUACAUCAUUAUUGCAUUGCAGCACAAGUACAAGUACAUGGUAUAAUGCCUUAAGUCGACUGUAAACAAGCUUGUUAAGACAAAAGUUAUCGAAAAGAUAAGAUAAAAAAUAACGUUUGCUCAAAUACAAUAAAAGUAUUAGAUUUUUUAAAAUGACAUUUAUUAAAUGAAGUUAUACAAUGUUGGCCAAUGUACAUGUGUACGUGUGUACGUAUAUUAUUAUCUGAAUCAUUUUUAUUUAUUUAAACUUGGAUUAAAUCUUAGAUAUUUGUAAAGUUUGUUUUAACCAUAAAAUUACUAAUGUCAAACAAUCUUGUACGCACCUUUAUCUUCCAGCUUUUGGGGUACUGUAGAUAAGUUAGUGUGAACUUUAGGGACUUUUUUGUUAUAUUAGUAUAUUUAUAUUAUAAUGAUUUAUUUUGGUGCACUUUUACAUACGCUCUGUGAUACGUUAUAAACAUUUUUAAACAGGUAAUAUAUGGCUCAGUAUUGUCCAUACUCCAUAGUGUCAAGUUUCAUUUAUUUUGCCAUAACCACUGCCCGCUGUAAACAUUUCAAAAGUCCUUAUAAUGCACACAUUUUACGGCAAAAUAUACAUGUAAGAGUACAUAUAACAUUUAAUGCGAUAAAAUAUGAGUAUUUUGUGCUGUUUAAAGUUAUGGCAUUUAUUAUUUUUAACUGUUUAAGAAUAAUAAACUAAAAGUUUGGUAUAAAGAUUAUCAUGGUUUCCUUUGUGUACAACGAACAGAAUCCAGACUAUUCCAUUUUCUUGUUUGUUAUUUUGGUAACUGUCAAAACAAAAGUCGUUUUUUCAUAUUAUAUUUCCGAGUGCAAUAUAGGAAAAUGGGAACAUAGCAUUAAAAACUUUAGAGGAGAAUUGACAAUGUACUUUUGUGUAAUAGUGAUUGAAAAAGCUGAUAAUAUUAUAAACAAACAAAAGAUUGCCAAUAUGACCUGACAGACUGUAUUACUAUUAUAUGGGUGUAUAAGUAUAUAUAAAUGUAUAUAAUUAUAUACGUCAUGGCGUGAAUCCAGCGUUUUAUAAUUAGAUCUAUUGACGUACAUCUUAGUCUAGAUUUAUAUGCAGUGUCUCGAGUUAAAGUUAAACUGGCCAAUCGAUUACAAUAAGUAUAAAUAAGUACAACCACACCUAACAGCUCGUUUGAAUGCGUGCAGUUUCGUCAAAUCCCGUU